GAUCGAAUCAUUCUCAAAACCGGUCCCAGAUAUUAGUGCUCCAAACAGCAGUGAGCAUCAUUAUUGGUCAGAAUUUGGACAUCGUUUUUUCUCAAGGGCAUUACAAGAAUUUGUAGGUCUUGAUUGGAGGGCCAUGGAAGUUCCCGUACAGGCCUCGAAGUAUCGAAAAAAUUAUGGAUAUAAUCAUAUCUUAGACAGAGUAGUUGAUGGAAAAUCUGCGGACUUGUUGGCGUGGAUGUGGAAAACGGGUGAAGAAAUUUUUGUUGGAGAACAAGCCGGACCCCCCACUCAAUGUGAUUUAACAAAACUAGCAACCGAUUCUUUUAAAUUGUAUAGAGAAAUGAGAGAUUGUUUAAAUGUUAGAAUUUUACGGGCCAUGGGAAAGGGUGACAUGAAUUACAAUAAUCGGUCUGUUUUCGGAAUAUUGGGUUAUCUCUUCGAAAUCAAAAUGCUUAUAAUGUGGAAAGAUGGAGUAUAUGUAUAUGAAGAAUAUGGAAGUUUAAACAUUACUUCUAAUCCAAAUAUGAUUUCAGAGAUGAAAUCAGGUAUACUAAGGUUAUUGGAAUUUAUGAUGAUCAUUAAAGUAGAAACAAAAAAUAACGUGACAACAGAAUAUGAUGCUGAUUCUGUACAGAUUUUGAAAAGGAAAUAUAAUGAAAUUAUUCAAACAAAGCCAUCACCUUCGAAA